UAAAACCCAUCCUAAACGGAUCUGUAGUUAUGCUGUGCGCAUAAGGCUUAAUCAUGCACACUAAUAGGAUCUGUGCUGCUGAGUAGAUCCAUAAAAAUAGAACAAUCCUUCGAAGGAAGCAGGCACCUCACUCUCAUCUCUCCCCCACCCAGCACAACCUGCUGCUUCUGUUCUGGAGUCUGAUGUGUUCAUAGUUGUCAAGAGCUCAGGACAGGAUGAGGAGGCUGCUUGUUCAAAUCCUUUGCAUCACUGAAGUACUGCUUUGUGCGGCUGACUCUCCUCCGCUGAGUGAGGAGGGCACUCUGAAAGCGCUGUCUGCAGCAGGAGAGCAGUGUGUUGAUGAGGAGAUAAAGCGAGCAUUGCUGGGGGUGAAGCAGGUGAUGGAAACCAUGGAGAAAAAAGAGGAGAAGCACAGACAUCUCAUGGACGCCCUGAGGCACAGCAGUGACAAGAAGAUGGGGGCGAUGCAGCUGGUCUGGGAAACAGAGCAAAAACUGAAGGAGGAAAAUCAGCGAUGUCGAGAUUUAACCAAGUCUUCCUUCGAUGAAUGUCGCCCUUGUCUUGAAGAUACUUGUAAGGCCUUCUUUACCUCUAAGUGUCGCCGUGGCUUCGCCUCUUUCUCAUUUAAGGUGGAGGAGUUUUUCAAGAAAAUGGCCACCCAAGUAGAAGCCAUCGAUCAUGUUUACAAUCAGAUCGAGGAGAAUGGGGAUGGCACCAACUCACCUGAGAACCAGGUCACAGAAAGUGGAGCAGAUCUGGAGCUUCUGCAGGCAGAUGCAUCCUUCAGCCAUCUGCUGUCUAACAUCAGCCACCUGUACAACCAGAGCAUCAUGCUGGUCAAAAGGAUGCAACAGGUGUUGGGGAAUUCCUUCCUGGCAGCCUUCACCACAGAGGCCCGACCCAGCCCGCUGUCGGCCAUGCAGGGCGACCUCAGUGCUGGCUUCUUCAGGACGGUGGGUCUGGAUCACAUCCUCGCUUCGGUGUCUGACUUUGGGAGGAACGUGCUGGAAGAAUUCAGCUCCACGAUGGCUGAUGUGAUUGAAGAGAUGCAACAAGCAGAGGAGUAUAUUCAGCAAUCAAGCACAGAUUUAGGAUCCCUUUCUGCAUUGGGACUGCCCCAGAGCAGAUAUCUGUGCAGAUCACUCCGCAGACAAGCAUCAGAUUGCUGGCAGCUCCAAAGUUUGUGUGAGGCAUGUGAAGUUUAUCUGUUAAAAGAGUGUCCCGGCGUCCAGCAGUUACACACCGAGAUGGAAGAGAUGCACAUGCUGCUCAACGCCUCUCGUCUGCAGUACAACGACAGGCUGCAGCUGGUCCAGAGACACACAGCGGACACACAGAGAUGGUACAGAAACAUGGACGACAAGUACGGCUGGGUCAGCCAGCUGUCCAACAGCACAGCGGGCCCACACAACAUCUUCAGUGUGAUCACAGUGAAUCCACAGCAACAAAUGAAGGGCAUCACACCUAAAGCUGACAGCAGUGUGAUUGUAACCAUACUGGACUCUGCCCCCAUCACCAUCUCAGUCCCAGCGGAGCUGGAGGUGGAUGAUAAUGCGUUUAUCCAAUAUGUAGCUCAGGAGGCUCUGACACUCCAUAAAAAGCAGAUAAGAGGUAUUGAUCCAAGCUGCGUUGUGGCUUAGUUCAUUAUUUGGCUCCCAGCUUCACCUGGCAGAGCUCCAAACUGCAUUUGAGUAAAACUAAAAUUUGAAACCACAAACUCAAUACCAUGAAUAUCUGUAGGCUACAUUUCUUCAAUCUGAUACCCACAAUGCAAAGUCCAUGUUUUAAUCCCAAAUGAUGAGGUAACUAAAAAAAACAAUCAUAAAUUGAAAUCUUUGUUGACUUUGUAUUCAAAGAUUAAAAUGCAUCCAUACGUGCAAGAUGCAGCAUUGAUAUUGGAGCCAUGGGAAUAUUUACACGUGGGUUGAGUAAUGUGCAUAUUUCAGCAUUCACACAUGAUCUUCAGAUGUUGAAUAAAGAAUCUAGGUUUUGAACAA